AGUAACCUGGCGGCCCGGCAGCAGCUGGGAGUGUAGGAAGAGGUGGCUAGUUCGACGAGUUCAAGGUUUCCUCUGGGUGACAGCCCGCCUGCUUCAGUCACUGGGGUGAACAGGCGAGAAAGAAACUCUGGUUCUUGUGGCGGAAAGCCUCUCUUAAAGGAGCCAAAAUGCUGAACAUGUGGAAAGUUAGGGAGUUGGUCGAUAAAGCGACUAACGUUGUGAUGAACUACACUGAGAUUGAGUCCAAGGUGCGGGAGGCCACAAACGACGACCCCUGGGGGCCCUCAGGGCAGCUCAUGGGAGAGAUCGCCAGAGCCACAUUCAUGUAUGAGCAGUUUCCUGAAGUGAUGAACAUGCUGUGGAACAGAAUGCUCAAAGACAACAAGAAGAACUGGAGAAGAGUCUAUAAGUCCUUGUUGCUGUUGGCCUACUUGAUUAAAAAUGGCUCCGAGCGAGUCGUCACCAGUUCCAGAGAACACCUGUACGACCUGCGCUCUAUAGAGAGCUACCACUGCAUAGACGAGAACGGUAAGGACCAGGGCAUUAACGUCCGUCAGAAGGUCAAGGAGCUGACGGAGCUGGUGCAGGAUGACGACCGUCUGAGGGAGGAGCGCAAAAAAGCCAAGAAGAACAAGGACAAGUACAUAGGGGUGUCCUCAGACAGCAUGGGGAGCUACAGGGGCUACGCUGAUGAGAGUGACGGUAAAGGGCGUCGCUGGGACUCGGACUGGGAGCAGAAGGGGGCGUUUCCCUUCAGCGAGAAGGUGGGCGAGAUCAGCGGACGCAUCGGGUCCAGCAUCGAGGACGCCGUCAGCCGCUUCCGCAACAAACCCAGAGACGACUCCCCCGACAGAUUCAGCGACACGGAAGAAGAGCGGGGGCGGGGCCAGCAGAAUGGCCAGUCCAGCAGAGGGGAGUUUAAAGAUGAAGAGGAAACCGUGACAACCAAGAGUGUGCAAAUCGUCCAGGCAACAGAAACCACGGCAACACGCAAGAGAGGGGGCGUGCCCUCCAAGAAAGUGGACCUAGGGGCGGCGGCCGGCUACACCGGAGACUCAAGCCCCGCCCACUCCACCAGCUCUACCAGCUCCAAGAAGCCAGAGGCCCCUAGCCAAUCAGGAGCUGGCCUGGUGGAUCUGUUCACCGUGGAGGCCACACCCACCCAGGCUGCACCCACCAGCACAGACCUGUUUGCAGACUUCUCAUCUGCAACAGCUUCAGCAAGUCUUCCUUCAGCACCUGUCUCCUCCAGUGAUUUCGGAGGAUGGAAUGCUUUCCCUGAUGGAGCCCCCCCAUCUGGAGUUGACUUGUUUGGCUCCGCCCCCGUGACCUCUGACCCUGUGAUGUCGGCGCCGGCCUCCUCAGAACUGUUUGAUCUCUUUAGCCCCGCCCCUCAGAGCGCAUCACUCUCUGCCUCUCAGAGCAUCGCCUUCUCCAUGGCAACCAACUCCAGCAACCUGCCACAGUCUCAAUCACAGCCCCUGAGUCUAGGAGAUCCUCUGGUCCCUCAGGCUAUGGGGCAGAAGGCGGGUGUUCUGCAGGGUCCUAAAGCUGGUGGUGUUCCCACCACAUGGUCUGAUUCCAACAUCAACAUCAGCCUGGACCUGCUGUCCCCCACGCCCCCCAAACCACAGCAGCCUACACUGAGCAUGAUGCAGCAUGGUGUGCAGCAGGCUCCGGUUGGCAUGGUAACCCAGGGCUUUGCUGGCAUGAAUCUGGGCAUGCAGGGUGGCGGUGCCAUCCGGGCGCCGGGCAACCACAUGAUGCCAGGAACCGGAGUUGCCAUGGGAAUGCCCACUAUGGGUAUGAUGGGAAUGAACAUGAGCAUGGGGAUGCCCGGCAACAUGGGCAUGGGGUUGCCUGGCAACAUGGGGAUGGGGUUGCCCGGCAACAUGGGGAUGGGCAUGGGUACAAUGGGAAUGGGCGCCACGCCAGCGGCCAAACCGGACGCCUUCGCUGACUUCGCCAACUUUAAAUGAGACCAGCGGAGAAUGGGAGUGUGUGUAUGUGUGAUGGGGUCUCGUGACGCCUUUACCAACUUUGCCGACUUCAAAUGAGACCAGAGGAGAGUGGUAGUGUGUGUGAUGGAGCCUUGUGUGUGUGUGUGAGAGUUAACUGUAAACCCAUGGGGAGGUGUGUGUGUGUGUGAGUGUGAGUGUGAGUGUGAGUGUGAGUGUGAGUGUGAGUGUGAGUGUGAGUGUGAGUGUGAAGAGAGAAAGAGGUGACAACAGAGAGUACUUGAAGAUGAGUAAAACACAGCCAGCUGUUUAAUCAUGUACAGACCUGAGUUUAUGAAAACACACACACACACACACACACAGUUCAAUCAAUGGGUAGAGGGUUGUGUGUGUGUGCAUGUGUGGAUAAUGAAGUAAUAAUAAUUAUUAUUUUAAUGAUGAUAAUAGUGAUUUUAAGGAAUGCACGAAAAAAUUCAAACUUCUGAGAAUCUCAAUCAUAAAGCCCACCCCUCGAGUGAGUGUGUAUGUGAGAGAGAGAAUGUAUGUGAUAGAGAGUGUGUGUGGGAGUUUCUGUGAGUGUGUGUGUGUGUGUGUGUGUGUGAGAGAGAGAGAGAGACAGGCCUCGUGACCGUGCAUUAAUCUGCCUGGUGGUGAUUGACAGCAGCAGAGACACAAUCCUCAAAAGGAGAGAAAAAAGGAUGAGGGAAGAGACAGAGAUGGAGGAGAGGAGAGGGGGAGGAGAGAGGGGAAGAGGGAGGAGGUUAUUACCCACACAAGUGGCCUUCAAAUGAGUGUGUUUAUUUUUUUAAUAAGUGAGUUUCCAUCCUGUGUGUAUGCAUGACCUAUGACCUAUCUUUUUUACAAAGUUUUAUUCUGUAUUUGUGUGUGUCUGAAAGAGGGAGAGCGUCCAGGAAGCCUUACACUGCCGUGUGUGUCUGUGUGUAAGACUGUGUGUGUAUGUGUGUGUGUGUAAGAGUGUGUAUGGCGCUAACACAAGCCUUCCAGCCAAUCGAGGCGUCUCGUCUAAUCGACCAAAUUCUGCUCUUCUGGGUGUGGCCCCAGUCGUAGCCAUGGUUACUGAGAACACUAGAUUGUUAUGCAAAUUUGAAGCAAGAAACAAAAUCUUCAUGGUAACCAGGUGGAACAGCUGAUUGUAUCUAAUCAUUUCUUUUAUGAUAUUAAAGAGCUGAACACAUCUCAACACAA